AUGGGUUUGAAAGAUAUUGGAUCCAAAUUGCCACCGGGGUUUCGGUUUCAUCCAAGUGAUGAAGAGUUGGUUUGUCAUUAUCUUUGCAACAAGAUUAGGGCCAAAUCUGAUCACGAUGAUCUUGAAGAUGAUGAAGUUGAUGAAGCUUUGAAGGGUUCUACUGAUCUUGUGGAGAUUGACUUACAUAUUUGUGAGCCAUGGCAGCUUCCUGAUGUGGCAAAGCUAAACGCAAAAGAAUGGUACUUCUUCAGUUUCCGCGAUAGAAAAUAUGCUACUGGAUAUCGCACAAACAGAGCGACGAUAAGCGGAUACUGGAAAGCAACAGGGAAAGAUCGGACGGUGAUGGAUCCACGUACAAGACAAUUGGUAGGGAUGAGAAAAACACUGGUGUUCUACAGAAACAGAGCACCAAAUGGUAUCAAAACUACUUGGAUCAUGCAUGAGUUCCGUCUUGAGUGUCCUAACAUGCCACCUAAGGAAGAUUGGGUCUUAUGCAGAGUGUUCAACAAAGGCAGAGACUCGUCACUACAGGACAACAGCAAUAACAAUGAUCAUCAAACGCAAAGUUUUGAACUAUAUGACGCUCCAGAUCUUAAUUACGCCCCUAAUUACAACAAUCAGUUGCCACCUUUAUUAUCAUCCCCUCCUUCCAUCACCAUCGACCCCCCACAUCAUCAUGAUGAAAAGAUGAAAAUACAAGUUUGUGAUCAGUGGGAGCAGCUAAUGAAGCAGCCUUCAAGGACCACCGACCAUCCCUAUCAUCACCACUGUCAUCAUCAAACCAUUCCAUGUGGAUGGGAGCAGAUGAUGAUCAGUUCUAUGUCGUCAUCUUCUAGCCAUGGCCCUGAUCACGAGUCCUUGAUAAAUUUGCUUUACGCCGACAACAACAACAGUGUCAACAUCAUUGAUGAUCAUCAUGAUCAGAAUUACGAGAAGAUUUUGUUGUCAUCAGACAUCACGAGUUUGGAUAAUGAGAAGACAUGUAUGGGGUCAUCUUCGGAUGGUGGUAUGGUCUCUGAUCUUCACAUGGAAUGUGGCUUGAGUUUUGAGACCGACAACCUCCUCGGUUUCCAUUGA